AUGAUCCUCCGCCUGGGUCCUCAGCCUCCGUACAGGCCCUCAGCCUCCGCCCGGGACCUCAGCCUCCGUACAGGCCCUCAGCCUCCGUCCGGGACCUCAGCCUCCGUACAGGCCCUCAGCCUCUGCCUGGGACCUCAGCCUCUAUACAGGCCCUCAGCCUCCGCCCGGGACCUCAGCCUCCGUACAGGCCCUCAGCCUCUGCCUGGGACCUCAGCCUCUAUACAGGCCCUCAGCCUCCGCCCGGGACCUCAGCCUCCGUACAGGCCCUCAGCCUCCGCCCGGGACCUCAGCCUCCGUACAGGCCCUCAGCCUCCGCCCGGGACCUCAGCCUCCGUACAGGCCCACAGCCUCCGCCCGGGACCUCAGCCUCCGUACAGGGCCUCAGCCUCCGCCCGGGACCUCAGCCUCCAGAGAUGCCCAAAGAUCCCGACCUUGGGCUGA